GUUUGUUGUUAUCUGGGGUUUCAGGGGGCAGAACAUUAAUCUUCUCUUGAAGAUGUCAGUCCCUCAAACCUACCGGAUGCAGCUGCCCAGCAGAAGAUCCUGGGAUUGAGAAGGAAACCCCUUUACACUAAUGGCCUGGACUGAGUUUCAGCUGUCCUGCUGAAGCUAUGGGGAGCUGCUGGAGCUGUCUGUACAGAGACCCCAUCCGAGACAACCAUCUCACCAAAUUUAAGGUCAUCAAUGUGGAUGAUGAGGGCAAUGAACUUGGGUCUGGGAUCAUGGAGCUCACCCAGACUGAGCUCAUCCUUCACACGCGGAAGAGAGACGCCAUCCGGUGGCCGUAUCUCUGCCUGCGUCGCUACGGCUACGAUUCCAACCUGUUUUCUUUUGAGAGUGGCCGCCGCUGUCAGACGGGGCAGGGAAUCUUUGCGUUCAAGUGUUCCCGGGCAGAAGAGAUCUUCAACUUGCUCCAGGAGCUGAUGCAAUGUAACAGCAUCAACGUGGUGGAGGAGUCAAUGAUGAUGAGUCGCAGCGGCCACACACCAGAGAUGGACAUGUCUCGCACACCACAGACUCCCAGCACUCCAGCAUUUCCCGUUCAGUCGUUUCCAAAUGGAUACCCUGGUUAUCCAAUCCGAGGUGAUGCCUCCCAACCCCCCCUCCCAGAUAAUCACGGACACAGCCUCAUGGGUUUGGAAGAUCAGACCCACACUUAUGUGAAUACUGUGAGUAUGGAGGGGGAUCUCUCCAUGCGUCAUUGCGUGCACUCUCUGCCCGAGGUGCGGCCCAGUAGUUUCCCCGAAACGGCACGGGGAGCCAUGCCUGUUGGGGGCCAAGGGAAUCCGCAGUCCAACCUGCGGUGCUGUCCCCUCGAGGAGCAUAAAGAUCCUCAGGUAUUCUUACAGCCGUCCUCACAGGAGGCCAAAUUUAUGCUGGGCCCCACUCCAGCGCAACGCCAUCUGCUGGAGAGGGAGAGGCAUGGGCACAAUCCUCACAACCUUCAGCCAGCAGAGGGUGCCACGGGCUCAGAGACGGAGGGAGAUGAGCCUGCCAUACACUUGUGCAACUCUCACUCCUAUCACCAUUUCCAUCACCACACACACCGGCACCCUGGCCACGAGCACCCGGACGGUUGCCAGAGUGGCGAGCUGACCUACGAAAACAUCAAUGGCCUGCGGAACGGCCGCAAGCAGCGACUGAGUCCCAGCAGCGUGUCACAGUCCGUGGGUUCGAGCAGCAGCAGCAGCACCGGGGACAGUCACUCGCACUCCCUCCUGCACCCACAUGCCCACGGCCCAUCGUCUCUACCUCUGCAGGGCUACGCCUGUGAGAGGGGUAUGGGCGGAGGGUAUCGCCGGACAGCUCUUCUCAACUACGAGAACCUGCCCUCUCUGCCACCGGUGUGGGAAUACAGCGCUUUGCAGCGGGAUGAUGAGCAGGAAGAGGAUGACGAGGAUCAGGAUGAGGAGGAAUAUGAAGAGGAGGAGGAAGACUUUGACGAGUACGAGUUCUCAGAAGGCCCGGGGACACCCAACGGGUACCACCAGGACAGCCGGGGCAUCCACAGAGAUGCCCUUCAGAACUAUGUAAACACAGAGCAGGUCCAGCCAUCCCGGCUUCGACACGCCUGCCCCCCGCAUCCACGGCCAUGUCAGCCAGACCAAGGGGCACGAAUAUUUAACUUUGAUUUCCGUAGACGAUCGCGUUCAGGGGUCGGAGGCUGCGAGCACAGCCACAUGCCUCCAUCGCGGCAGCUGAAUUACAUCCAGGUGGACUUGGAGGGAGAACCUCCCUGCCAAGCCCUCAGCAGUGGGGGUGCCCAGCCACAGCACCAGCGCCUACCACCCAAAAAAUGUGGUCCACAGGCACCCCGGCGCAGCGAAUGCUACGCAGUCAUCGACCUAAAGAAGACCGCUGCCAUGUCCAACCUGCAGAAAGCGCUGCCCAGGGAUGAUGGGACUUCCAGAAAGACUCGCCACAACAGCACAGACCUGCCUCUGUAAAUGGAGUUCAAACUGAAGAGGAACGAUGAAGACAGAUGAAGGCUUAUCCUCAUCUUAGCACACUGGACCCUUCACUGUCAUCCAUCCAUCCAACUGUCGGGCUGACUUACAUAGUACAGGUAACUAAUUAGAAACUUAUGGAAAGCUUAUAAGAGGAAAUGAGAAAUCUCUGUUGAGAAUUUUUCCAUGUUAUUUUUGUUUUUAUUUAUCAGAUAUUCGGUACAAAGUUCUCCUUAUUACAUUAAGUCUCAUAUAUGCGCAAAAUAUUAUUGCUCAUACAAUUAACUCACAUGACAUUCAUGUUUUUUUUUCUUCAACUUAAAUGCUAUGAUCGACACAAUGCUAUUACAGAAGAAGAGUUGAUAGGCGUGAAGGAAAGUUAAUGGUUCCUCCCAGAUACUGGCCAAUGUUCAUACCUCAUCAUAAGCACUUAAGUCUAAUGUUGUGGCUAGUAGAAGAGACCAUUGUUUGUUACUGUAUGCCUAUAUAGCAUUUUGCACACAAUCCUAUGGAAUUGUAUCAAAUCAUAUUUUUGGAAUUGUUUCAUCCAAUCAAAGAUAAAAACUGGGAUUUAAUGAAUAGACUAGAUUGAGAUAUUUGGAGAAUUAUACUAAACUGAAUCAUAGUAAAAGUAGCACACAGAUUAAAUUGAGCUUUGGCUCUGUCCUGUCAACUUGCAGACACUGAUAAAGUAGCAUAUCAUCUUUUAUCAAACCUCCUGUGUAUCAUCCCAGACCUGCAGGUGGGGCGGGGGUUUACAAUUUCACAUUGCACUUUUUUGACACUGGGCCACUGAAAUGCUCUUCAUCACUGCUCCUAUACUACCGGAGCCACAAUGUGUGUCCUUUUACUGGGGAGAACAGACAAAAACAAAAAAACAGGGGCCAAAUAAGUCAUCUAAGACACUCUUAGACAGCAGUGUAGAUGGGGGUUUAUUGAAAUGUCCUCGUAGGAGAUGUCAAUAACUUCGAUUAAUAGCUUUAAGCUAUAAUCUUGCAGUGAAAUGUGCUGAAUCUGUAAUUCGACAAUUAUCAGGUGUGAAUAGUUUAUUUUGAAAGGUAAUCAAGGAUGUCUUAAAGUUAUGCAGUGAGGAUUCUGUUUGAGGCUGUUAAACAACUGUCUUAAAUAUUUAUUUAUUUAUUUCAUGUUUAUUUAUUCUUUUUUUGUGUAUGUGUGUGCAUUUUUUUUUUUUAAUUUUAUUUUAAGAAAUUGUUCUGUUUUGCGCCAUUUGAUGACCAGCGUUUUUGUAGUCCAGUCGGUAACAAGGAGACCAAAGUUUCACCUCAAAUUAUCACUGGACACUGGUGUAUUACUGCUAUUACUGUGCUUAAGUACGUUUUAAGGAAAGAAGAAGAAAAAAAAAAAAGACUGUAUUUAUAUUAAGUGCCAAAACUUAAUUUCUAGCUGUACAAAUAUUAAAAUCAAACAUGCCAUCAGGAUUUCUGGAAAUCCAUUGGACAGAGAAGCAUAAUGUGAGAACAGAGGAGGGUGGACAAACUCUGGCAGGAAAUAAAAAGUAAAAAUGAAAGAAAAAAUCCAGCUUUUUAUGAGUAAUACAAACUUAAAAUAAUAAAAACUGCACAUUCCACCUCAUCCACAUUGAGAGCCAUUUUGGAGGAAUGUGUGAGAAUGGUAAUCAUGUAGACUGAUAAUCACUUUUCGGGUGGUUUUAUGCUGCUACAUGUACAUACUAACAGUAGCCCAUGUAAGCUACAAGUACUUGUCAAAAUGAAAAACAAUGUGAUGUCAGAUCUUUUACCAUAUUGUUAAUAGUAGUAUUGUUGUGUUUGUAUGUCUUUAUUUCUGACUGGCAGAAAAGUCAUGUACCAUUUCUGAUUAGGUUUCAUUUGGUCAACAUUUCCCCCCACUGAGGUUUUUUUUUUUCUGUUAAACUUGCUGGCUGGUAGGAGCUGUCCUGUCCUGAAAGCACAGGCCCACUGGUGCCAUCAUCAUCUUUCUAAUCUUUUUAUUGAUUGCUUACAUGAAUCUUGGUCUAUUAGGUGUCUAAGUUCUGACUGUCAACAUUUAUACACAGGGAAGCCUUUAACUGGGCACCUAUGUGGUGUUUAUAUCCAUUAAGUCCUUAAAGUCAAAGUUCAUGUGGUGCAAAUGAAAAUUCUCAACUUUGCAGUUUCUGUAACACGAUUUGAAGUAUUAGAGAAUGAGUAAAGAUUUCAAAUUUUAUUUCAUGAAUAUUAUUAUUUCAUUUAAUCCCCGGAUUUCAUUUGCUCCACUUUAUGGAUAGAAUAUUGUACUUUUGUAUUUAUGUAUUCAUUUUAAAGCAGCGCUCACGUAUGGGUCCCAAUGAAGUUACAUUAGCAUGGUUUCCAAUCCCAUCUUUGGCCAUAAAUGGUUGUGGACUUGUCAAUACUUGGCACUCUGCCAAGCAUGUUCACAGCCAUUUUUAUAAUAACAUGUAUAUCCAUACACUCCCACCACAUUAGGAAUACCAGGUUUACCUGAUAAAGUCUAAUAAGGUGACCCAGUAAGUGUGUUUUAUAUAUAAAACAUCCUCACCACAGAAGCCUCCAGUAACCAAAAUGAUGAUAUCUAUAUAAUUAGUUUGAAGGACAUACAAUUAAAGAAAAAAAAAAAAUACCAACUGCAGCUAACAUUUGGAGGGAUGUUUACAUUUUUG